AUGCAGAAGGUGCUAAAGCGGGUUACAAGGGAAAAAAAACCUGAAGACGAAUUAGAUACUGGAGAUUCUGACAGAUAUGUGCAUCAGUCAACGGAACGUGAUCAACAUAAUGAAAACACAUUAUCAAGAAAUUAUUUUAAAAAGGCGACUAGUCCGUUUCACGAAUCUAACGAAGAAAAUAGUGAAGAACCACCAACAAAAAAAACUAAAGAAUCAUCCACGAAAUCCAUCCAGAGAUUCAGAGCCAAAUGGUCAGAUAAUGAAAAACAAGUUUUACUUCAGUACUUUGAAAAACAUAUUGAAAAAAAAAAUUACCCCUCGGAAACAUGAAUGUGACGAACUACUGAAACUACCUCCACACGUGUUCGAAAAUAAGGACUGGGUCCGAAUAAAAACAUAUGUGUAUAAUACAUUCCGUGAAAGGAAGUGAUUGCUUAUUUUUAUUUUUACUGAACCACAUACUCGUAAUAGAUUAUUUUUAGUUCCAAUAAAUUACUUUUAAAUAA